ACGGGAUUUUAUUUAGGGGUAUCAAAAUAAAUUGGGCUAAAUACAUAUGCACACCAAGCUUCUCAAUUUUUUUUAUCUGUAAAACACUUUGAAUACUAUAUGUUUGCUAUAUGUAUACUAUACUAUAUGUACUGUAUCAUUUUGCUACAUCACAAUUAUGCACUGCUUGUUGUUUGUCUGUCACACAAAUCUUAAUAAUACAGUAAAGUUUGAGAUUAUAAUGUGACAAAAUGUUGAAAAAAUUCUGAGGGAAAAAAUGUAAGGCACUGUAUUUUUCUGUGUAAUAUUGCAGCAGUGGUGACUUCUGAUAUGGGCCAUAUUGAGAAGUUGCUCAGGGCAGCAUUAGAAGAGGGUGUGGGUAUGGGGCAAGAGCACCAUAUUAAAAUGUAGCUCAUUUAUCUGUCAUUUGUACCCACAAACACGUUUCAUAUUGUUUUUAUGCAUGUGCAGUCAAAGGUGCAGUUGGACCCCCAGCAUGUUAAGAAGGCCCCCCUGGUUGUUGCUGAGGAAAGGGAAAUCGGGCUGUUUGCUGUCAAUCAUACUGAGCUCACCUGGAGUUGGGAACAAAUUACAAUGUGGCUUCUCUUUUUUUAGUUGGGCAGAACCAAGAAAAAAAAAAAAAAAACAGUUUUCACAAACUGACCUAUAGUAGGGUUUCAGGCGGCAAAAGAAUGGGCUCGCCCUGGGCACCGUUCCUGCAACCGCCACUGUGAUGCAGCAUAGGAUUAAACCAGUCACAAUUAAUAAACAAAUAAAUAAAUAAAGGCUUGUCUAAACUGAGAACUGAGUCAGUUUGACCCACACAGUAAGGCCAUGGUGGUUUAUGCAUACUGUUUUACAAGAAAAUGCAACUGCAUGUCGUGAGAGGGGUCUUGUUACCCGGCAUUUAGCUCAAAAGGUUUUUCAUUCCUUUAUACGCGUGCCCAGAGUUUAAUCGAGUUGAAAUAAGUACACUCAGUCGGCCAAUGUUUCCCGGGCUUCACAGAUGACAGGCAGGAGCGGUAGCAGCAGAGAGACAGAGACCAGACUCUCUCGUUGCAGCCUGCUGUUGUGCCAAUGCGCAAACAGUCUCCUCCGUUCAGGGAUAGGUCUCCCCAAAAAUGAGGCUGCGCUUGAAACGAUCAUGCGAUUGAGUGACGAACGCGUCAUGCUUGUCUUCCUCCUCCUCUGCUCUGUGCGAUCAGUGGCUCUGUGUUCCGCAAUCCCCCGGGAUACUGUACCGCCCUCGAUGGUCCUGCUAUCGCCGAUCCUUUCGCACUGAAUGGCCGGCCCGAUCGAGGAAAAACGGGGGGAGAGAGCGCCUCGUCUCCUCCUUUAGACCUUCGCUCUGCCUCAGCUUCCCAGUGACGGGCAAACCCCUUGGUGGUGUGUGUAGGCGCACCAUGGCCCAGACCCUCCAGAUGGCGAUCCCAAACUUUGGUAACAGCAUUUUAGAGUGUCUGAACGAGCAGCGGCUGCAGGGGCUGUACUGUGAUGUCUCUGUUAUGGUCAAGGGCCAUGCCUUCAAGGCUCAUCGAGCUGUUCUGGCCGCCAGCAGUUCUUAUUUCCGGGACCUUUUCAGCAGCAGCAAUGCUGCGGGUGCUAACAGCAACGAGACGAGCCCCACGGUUGUUGAGCUGCCUCCAGCUGUGCAGCCUCAGUGCUUCCAGCAGAUACUGGCUUUCUGCUACACAGGACGCCUCAGCAUGACAGUGGGAGACCAAUUUCUUCUCAUGUACACUGCAGGCUUCCUUCAGAUCCAGCAGAUCAUGGAAAAGGGCACUGAAUUCUUCCUCAAGGUAUCCUCCCCCAGUUGUGACUCUCAGGGUCUUCAUGCAGAGGAAGCUCCAACAUCAGAGCCCCAGAGCCCCAUAACACAGACCACUAACAGUGCACCACGUCCUGCCUCCAGUGUGACGCCGCUCCCUAUUGUUUCACGACUAAAGACAGAGCAGCCGUCCAACCAGAUGGAAGCGGCCACUCCUUAUUCUGUGGUUUGCACUCCUGUUGCCAAGCGGCUGUGGGAGGGUGGCAGCAGCCGCGAUGGAGGCGGGUUAGGCUCGGGCGGAGGAGGAGCCAGAAAGGCGGCCCGUUAUUCUCAAGAGGCAGUGCGGGGCAGUGCCAUCCAGACCCCUGGAGCUCUCGGACUGGCCAUGGGUAUGAACGCCACCACAACCAGCCUGUCAGGCAUGGUGCCCAGUAGUGGGAUUAGUGGAAAUGUCGGGGCCAAUGGGAAUUCUGCAACGGGGCUUGGAAUGUCAGAGGGUGCUAGCCCCGGCACAAUGAGUACCUACGCUAGUGACUCACCCAUCAGCUACCAUGAUGAUGAAGAGGAAGAAGAGGGAACAGAUGAAAGCGCUGAAGAGCAAUACAGGCAAAUCUGCAACAUGUAUACCAUGUACAGUAUGCUCAACAUGGGUGCAGCAGCUGCUGGAGAGCGCGUCGAGGCCCUUCCUGACCACACAGAGACCCGCGGUCGGAUGCGAGGCCGAGAUCUUACUUGUCUUCCUCCAGAACUUAUUGCUCAGAUAGGCAACCGCUGCCAUCCCAAACUAUAUGAGGAAGGAGACCCUGCUGAGAAACUAGAGUUAGUCUCAGGAACUUCUGUGUAUAUUUCGAGAGCCCAGCUAAUGAACUGUCAUGUGAGCGCAGGGACAAGACACAAGGUGCUGCUUAGGAGGCUGCUGGCUGCCUUCUUUGACAGGAAUACUCUGGCCAACAGCUGUGGGACAGGGAUCCGCUCGUCCACCAACGACCCCAGCCGCAAGCCCCUGGACAACAGAGUUCUCCACGCGGUCAAGUUUUAUUGCCAGAACUUUGCCACGAGUUUCAAAGAGAGCGAGAUGAAUGCCAUUGCAGCGGACAUGUGCACCAAUGCCCGCCGUGUGGUGCGAAAGAGCUGGAUUCCCAAGCUGAAGCUGCUGAUGGCUGAGAGUGAUGCCUACUCCUCUUUCCUCCCCGAUGGAGUCAAGACAGAGGAAGACACCCUGGGGGCGGAUCAGGGCUUCGAGCCUGCCUCACUGGAGACCACCGGCAGUGCCGGCAUGGAGUCGGGUGGCUCUUCAGGUGAAUCUUUGCCAGGCGUGGGUGGGGAUGGAGGAUCAUUGUUCUGAACGCUCGGCCCCAGGAAAGGUUUAGGUCUGGUGACGCACGUACCAGUUUUCCCCCAGUUGUGCUUGCCUCCUCACUCUUUGGCCCACGCUGAUCUCUCUUACAUCUCAACUAUCUGUACAACACUGCUUGGGGCGACAGCUGUCACUCCGUUCUAACCAGGACAUGAAACUUAAAACAUUUUUUGCUUUAUGAGUGUAAAACAGAGUUAGUGGAGUAAAAGGAGAAUGCAUGAGGGUUUGGCCUCUGCCUCCCCUGGUCUCAUAUGGUGAGUAAAUGCAGCCAUUGUUGCAUAUUAAAUGCAUUCCCUGAGGUGCAGGUAGGGGGAGCUACCAGUCCAGCCAGAGGAAGAAGGGAGGGAUGUUUUGACAGGCUGGGAGCAGACGGGGCAAAAAAUGAAUGUAAGUGUUGCUGGCAUUUUUCUCUAUGCAAGCCUGACAACUUGUGUUCCAGCCUUGGGAAAGGAACUAGAUUUAAUCAUAUUAAAACACAUUAACACUACUUAGUCCUCCUUGCAUCUUCCUCUCAGCCUCCCUCACCUCACAGAGUGUUUCACUGUGGGUUUAUUGUAUAAAUAAGCUCAUCUUUCUUUAUUUUUACAAAAAAGUGCUUGCAUGUUUCUGUCUGUGAACUGAAAAGUAAAAGGGGGAAGCUUUUUACUAAGAUGAUUGUAAAGAUGACUGAGAGGAAACAGGUGAAUAAAGAUGGUUCUAUUUUCAGAAGAAAAACUAUAUUUAUACAGGCGCACAUUCCUGAAUUGGUAUGAGCGAUGAGAGCGAGAGGGAUUGUUUUAAAAUCUCCACGUAAGUAAGCUUUUGUUGAAAGAGUAAUUGUCAAAUGAGGAAAAGUGUUAUUUUUGCAGGAGUAUAACAAAGGAGUCUUAUGAUAGGAAUUUGUGUCAUUUAUUUUUAGCUUUAUUUUCAAAUGAAAGAGAUGGAAUGAGCAGUUGGACUGCUAAAUUUGACACAUUUCAUCUUCUGUUCACCAGCCUAAAAGGAGAAAAAUGAACAUUUUAUUUGGAUUUCACUGUCUGUUAAAACCCUUUCUUAGGUUGUGGAUCUGCAACUUUCAUAAAACGUUUACUCGCAAUUCUGAAGAUUACUUGCAGAAAUUUAAAGGUUGUAUUGAUCUGAAAAAAAAAAAAAACGUUAGCGUUGUUUGUGUACAGAAAUUCCAAAAAGUCGUAGUUAUUUUCAGACAAAAGAAUGUGCCUUUUUAACUGAAAGCAGUAAGAAAACAGUGAGCUAUUGCUUGAAGUAAACCGAUUUUAAUGGUACUAUCUAUGUGUGCCACAUAGUUCUUUGGUGUGGAUUGUGCAGACACAUGUCAGUAUCUCAUCUGUUGCACCUCUGCAAUGUGGGAACUCGGAAAGGCUUUUGUUUUAAGGUUUGAAAUGAUUUUGCACCUUCCAUGAGAUGGGGAAAGAGUUAUAGUGGUGGUUUUUGCACCUUUUUAUGAGAAGAACCAAUGGUUCAUGCACCUUUUUGAAAUGUGUAGCAAUCAAACCCCUGUAGGUGGAAAAUGUCAUUUUAUUUCCCCCCUCCCCAUUGCCUGCAGAUGACCAAGGAGACUGUUGAGUUAAAUCCCAAGUGUUCUUCCUUUCUGCCACCUCAUUUGUCUGAUUAGAAAAAUGUCAACAACCAAUCUUUUUGUUUUAAGUUUCAAAUGUGAAAGUCGUUCGACUGAAGCCUUUUGAUUGCAUGUUGACCUGUCAAACAUUGGUCAGUACAGGGGACUCACUUUUUCUGUUGCAGGUGAUCUGACUUAGAAUGUGCCGUUAACCUUUUCUCUUAUUUUGAAGGUGAGUAAAGGGGAGUCCAUGUUUUCUUUUCAAUGCAGGUGAAUCUGAAAGUGCUAUUUUCUAGCAAAACACACUGCUGGGACUGUCAAAGAUGUAUAACAACUCAAACAAUUUUUGUUAUUGUUUAAAACAGAAGACUUAACUUACAUAGCCUGACUGGGGUCAGUGUAGAAAAUUACAUUGCAGUAUUCUGUAAGGGUGACAACUUCACUGGAAGUGCCACAUGGGCACACCUCCCCCGUGUACCUCUCCACCACCUUUGAAGACUGUUGUGAGCAUCCUGUUCUUCAUGCUUCAGACUGGUGUCACUUUUCACUUCCACCAACUUAAUCAUGUGUUUCUAAGAAAGGGCAAAGCAGAAGUUUAAUCUGUGUGCAGGCGAAAUUAGAAGUUGCAUCUCAUUUGUUUAUUUUAGUUAAAACCAGCACAAAGAAGCCUUUACAGUUAGUUUGUGGCCAGGUUCUUGCUGUAAUCAUGCAACAUAGUGACCUACUGAGCCACUUUUUUAAUCUGUUCUGAGUCAUAGCAGGUUGACUUCUCGCCAGUGAGUCACCCCUGUUAGUACAACACAUGGGCCCAACCCAGUCAGUCCCAAAUACACAAAAUCCCCACACACAUGUCAGUGCAUCCUAAUGGGUCUAUCUAGAUUAGACUACUGAUAAAUAUGGGUUUAGGGUCUCAGUUUAAAAAAAACACGUAGAACAAAGUAUGAUUACAUGUCAGCUUUUUUAAAGUCUCUUGCUCACACCCUACUUGCAGUGUGUUAUCUGAAGACUUGCUCAUUUGAGAAUGAAAGCUUUUUUUUUUUUUUUUGGGAGGGGGUUUUCUUGCAUAAUCAGAGCAAGCUGUAAUUUGUGUAGCUUUUUCACAUCCCAGUACAUCUAGACCUACACACUUGAAUGAAUAAGAUGUGGCACAGCAUGAGGAGUCUUUUUGUCUCCAAGCAGUACAUAUAUAAAUACGAUUCUAUACAUGUAUAGGUACAUACUGUAUAUUAUAUAUAGAUGCACACAUAGAGAUCCGAUUGUUUGUUGUGCACUCGCAGCAUGAGGUAUAUAUUUACCCAGAAACUAGGCGUGCCCUCGCAGCACCUGCUCUUUGCCCUCUGUAACCCUGUAGCACCAGUGGACCUCCUGCUGCUCAUCCUCCUUCCUGUGUUCAAAGUGCCAAUAACUUUGUGAAAGCCCUGUAACUGUGACCCAACAUUAUCGAAGAUAAUUGCACAUUAACAACUGUAAAAUAAAGAAAUGCAAAUUAUAGAAAUGGAAUAAAAAAAACAACUUGUCAUGAAUUAAAAAACAAACAAACAUCCUAAUAAAAGAUUUGUAACAAUU